AUGUCGAGUGACUCUAGGGGUCAGAGGAUCAGACAUCACCCCAAGGAUGAGAAAGCUCCCCAGCUCUGGGAAGCCCGGAAGGAAGGCGGGGCCUGCGGCCGAGCAAACCCAGAAACUGAACAGCUGAGGGGGCUGCUCAGCUCCCCGGCCUCCUGCGCCAGCUCAGCGAAAGAGGCGGGACCCCGCGGGCAUCCGAAACAAGGAGGUGCGGGCGCAUGGAACGGCGCCCCCUGCCACCCGACCUGCCGUCCUCGCAGUCCCGCCUCCUUCUUUAGAAGCUCUAAAUACUGCGCUUCUGCCCUGAACUCACACAGCCCUGAGGGCCCACGGUUUGGCUUGAACUUUCGGAAAAUAGGAUUGUCCUCCGGUCCUUCGUCUUACUGUAAACAGAGGCUGCUUUCAGAAACCGGGCACCUGCCUCCGCGGCGGGACCUGCGGGGGCACCCGGACGCGGGACUGGAAGGGCGCCCGCGGCGGGCGCUGGGAGUCCCGGACAGCCGGGGACUCCUCCCCACGCCCCGGCCUGUGGGACCCGGGUUCCCGCCCGCGCCUCUGGAGGCGGGGGAUCGGGACGCUCCUGCAGGGUCUUUGCUAAUUGCCAAGCAGGAAGUGAGCGCGGGGAAGAGCCGCGGAGAGAGGGAGGCGGAGACGGGGGAGGCGCUGGAGGAGGAGGGGCGCGCGGAGCCACGGAGAUUUGCUCCCCGCGCGUCGGAGCUGCAGGACGCCCAGGCUCAGCAGCCGGCCCUCCUCCCCGGUCCCGGAGGCCGCCCAGGCCCCUCGGGCGCCCGUCGGCCCCACCCCGCUCCGAUGGCUUCUCCGGACGACCCUCUGCGCGCAGAUCAUUUGGCAAAGGAACCAGUGGAAGACACAGACCCUAGCACUAUAUCCCUUAAUACGUCAGACAAGUAUCCCAUUCAAGACACAGGACUCCCUAAAGAAGAGGAGUGUGAUCCAAUUACUUUGAACUGCCCAGCAAAUUCCGAUGUGCAGCACCAGGGAGAAGAAAAUGGCUUUCGAGACAGUACUGGAGACCCCCUUUCAGGUGUGAGCAAGGAUGCGUCCUGCACGGAGACCUGUUCCUGUCCCUCCUGUGCGCUCCGCGUCCCCACCAUCAGCGACUUGCUCAAUGACCAGGACUUACUAGAUGUGAUCAGGAUAAAGCUGGAUCCCUGUCACCCAACAGUCAAAAACUGGAGGAAUUUUGCCAGCAAGUGGGGCAUGCCCUACGACGAGCUGUGCUUCCUGGAGCAGCGACCCCAGAGCCCCACCCUGGAGUUCUUGCUCCGGAACAGUCAGAGGACAGUGGGCCAGCUGAUGGAGCUCUGCCGGCUGUACCACCGGGCCGACGUGGAGAAGGUGCUGCGCAGGUGGGUGGACGAGGAGUGGCCCAAGCGGGGGCGUGGAGAGCACCCCAGGAACUUCUAGACCUCGGCUCCUUCUCAUUGGCCUCUCGGACAUUGAAAGAAGCGCAGGUUAAGGAGCAAUGUGAAUCUGUUCUUUUUUCCUCUUUUCCCACGUUGUGCUGCAUGUAGGAUCUUAGUUCCCUAACCAGGGAUCAGACCCACGCUGCCUGCAUUGGGAGCGUGGAGUCUUAACCACUGGACCGCUGGGAAAGUCCUGACUCUGUUCCUUUUCAAGUUUAGGAGAAGGACCCGGAACCAUGGACAUUGGUUUUCCCCAGAGCUGGCAGUUUUGUGGAGGGGUCGGGUAUGUUUUUGGUGGUGGAAUUUCCUUUAGUUUUGCACAUCUGUUUUAAUUUAAUAUUUGAAUCUGGAAUUGGGGGAAAUGUGUUGUAAGCUCCUACGGGGACCAGGGCCAAAGCUAUAAUCAGAAUGGAUUCAUGCCAUGAUGAAAAUAAAAGUUCCCCUCCUUUAAAUACAGAAGAUUGAGAUUGGAACUGAGAUGGCUGAUGGCCCCCAAAAGUCAUCAUCCACAAGAUCCCUGAUGAGUAACGACACUCCCACACACAGAGAGCAGUCACCCUUUAGCCUGUUACGCUUUUUGUUACAAAGUGAACUUACAGGUUGCUGGCGUUAUGUAGUGAUACACUCCAGGAUACAGGUGCCGCCUUUCUUAUUCAAACUCUGGGCGCUGUCAAAGAGGUCUUUGCUCGAGUAUUUUCAAAAGAAAUAUUUAUCAAAACAACUAGUUAUUGGGAAGACAGAGUCAGGAAUUAGCAGGGUAAUAAGGACCACGGGAAAGGUAUUGACAAAGAGUUGGCCCUUCCAGUAUCCUUGACGUUUCAAAAGUUAAUUUAGUAUUUAUUUCUACAUCUUUUCUAUCAGGUCGAGUGUUUUGCCCCAGAGAGAAAGCUCAGUUGAGAAAUAAAUAAAAAUCUGGGGAGGGAGGAGGGAUUCAGGAUAGAGGGGACACAUGAAUGCCUGUGGCCGAUUCAUACUGAUAUAUGGCAAAAACCAUCACAAUAUUGUACAGUUCAGGUACUGUACAUCACAAUUCAGCCCAUGGGUGAAAGGCAACCCCCUCUAAAACCUACUAUCUCAGCUUAAGACAGAGCCUCAGUAUUACCCAAUACAUUAGCCAAGAAAGAGAAAUCUUUACUGAUGAUAUUGGAAGGGGAGCUGUGCUUUAAAAUCCAAAUUUUAGAGGAUUUUAAACCAAAUGAAAAGAUUAGAUCCAAAGAAUAUCCAGUAGUCUUGUUUGAUGGUUUACUGUGGAAGGUGUGGAGGAUGGAAGGGAAGCCUUGGUUUACUUGACAAUUUCAUAAAAGUGCUAUUUGAUUUUGGCUGUAGGCUUAGAAAAUUAAGGUACUUCAUCCAGUGUGGGAGGAUUCUGUAUAAAUCCCUGACUAAAAGAAGCAGAAAUGAUGACUAACAUUGAUAGGAGUACAAGAAAGAUUAGGAUUAACUCAAAGUUAUUUUCUCAACCACUGACAUUUUUUCCCCACUGUUUACAGCAGUUUGUUACAGAGGUUGCUGGUAUGUAGUCAUCAAAUGUUAUCUCUAAACUUGCAAAAGUACUGUAGAGACCUACUGAUCACUUCCGACUUAGUCAGUGUUAGUCACACCUAGCUCGUUUUUUCAGAUUUAGCAGAUAAAUGCCAAAUUUAUCAAAAGAUGUACCCAAAGCAGCAGUCAGAAAUAAAAUGUAAGUUUUAAAAACUGGGUUCUUUUGCAGCUUGAUGUCCAGUGGGGUGGUUGUUAGGUGUUGGUUGUCUGCUGUAUUCUUGGCACUGUACAGAACAUUUGAUUUUGCACCGUGUUCGGGAUCCCAGGUGGAGCAAUGGUCAAGAAUCUGCCUGCCAGUACAGGAGAUGCGAGAACUCGGGUUCGAUCCCGUCGGGAAGAUCUCCUGGAGUAGGAAAUGAAGACCCUCUCCAGCAUUCUUGUUUGGAGAAUCCCAUGGACAGAGGAGCCUGGUGGGCUACAGUCUACGGGGCCGCAAAGAGUCGGACACGACUGAGCAUGCACAAGCAUGUACACUCGGGGUUUUCGUUAGGCUGCGUGUGACAUGUGCUCAUAUGUUAGCCCAAAAUGUACUGUGGGAAAGUGCAGAUGAGCCUUUCACAUUUAUUAUGGACAUUUAGGGAAAUGGAACCAAAAGGGUGUGCUUAUUUAGUGUUUUGUGGUUCCAGACCCUCAAGUCAGAGGGUCAUUGCUCCUUGGAUCAUGACACCCCCUUGUGAUAGAAGGAGGGGGGCGGGGGGUCCCAGCAUGACAAAUGUCCUGUGGGGCAUGUUUCCAAAUUUCCAAACUGCAGAUUUCAAGCUCAAAGCUGACUUUUUUUUCAAGUUUUUUUUUCCUUUUUAAAUGUGGACCGUCUUUAAAGCAUUUUGAAUUUAAAAUUUGUUUUUAUUGAAUUUGCUAUGAUAUUGUCCUACUUUAUGUUUUGGUUUCUUGGCCAAGAAGUGUGUGGGAUCUUAGUUCCCUAAUCAGGGAUUGAACCCGUACCCCCUGCAUUGGAAGGCAAAGUCUCAACCACUGGACCACCAGGGAAUUCCCCCCAAGCUUAGACAGAACUUACCCUCAUAGAUACCUGAACGUGGCUGUGGUUCAUAAAUGUCGGCUGAAAUUACCUUCGAGUUGGAUCAGAAAUGUUAAGACACAAGAAUGCAGAUGGUUCAGCUAUGGGCAGAGCUAAGAACGCUCCUUUAUCUUUAUGUUCAAGAAUUACAGAGAAACCACGAGACCACAGAGCACCACCCCCUCAGCUCUCCAUUUGGCAGCAUUAGUUCCAAAGCCUGAUGGCUAAUAAUUUUCAUCACUGGCUAUAAAAGCUUAAGUUUCUAUUAUAAUUGCAUAGCAGAAGUGCCAGGAUAGAAGGGAUUUAAAAAAAAAAAUAGGAGUUGAUAUAAGUAUGUUGUUUUAAUUUCACUCUAUCAUUAUUUGCACAUAUCGACAUCUACAUUCAUUGGCAUUUACCUUAGGAAAAGUUUUAAUUAUUAACAGUGUAUUAGCAGAGAGAGAUUUAACCAAAAAUUGUUUUUAAUUAAAGUUCAUUUAGAUUCUAGACUUUGACCAAAUGGAGGAUGACUUUCAUCUGUGUUACAUACAGAAAUAUCAAAAGUAAAUCUCAACUGAAGUAGAACUAUAACACAAUUCUGUAGUAACCCCAAAUAAUUUUCUUUAAAGUUUAUUUUUAGUAGAUAAAUACUGUGUUAGCCUGACUAUGCUGAUACUUUACAAAGGUCAAAGUGGAAAGGAAGGGAAUUACUUUAUGACUGAUUGAUCAAAUAAUUGUUAAAAUGUAUUCAUUAAUACUUAAAAGCUUUCUUCUGUAGGAAUCCAUGUUGAAUUGAUCAUACUAUGAACUAAUCCGCUUUCGAUGAUGUCCUUUUGCUAUUAGAAGGAUGAAUUCUUCUUAGCUAAGUUCCAAGUUACACUCUUUUAAACAAAACUCCCACCUGCAAUGUUAUGGUGUUAUGUGUUGCGGCUCUAUGUAAUAUGCAUUUUAUUUGGUUGCAAUAGAAAAUUACUACUUGCAAGGGGAUGGAAAGCAAAGUAGACACCACACACACACCCAGGACGCAUGCACACAGAGGAAGACUCACGUGGAAGGAAGACACAAAUAAAGCACAGAGUCAUUUAAAUUAUUAACUAAUUUCAAUUAAUCUUAAAAUUAUAAGAUUUUAAAUAGUUAGGGCUUAAAUUGUUUGCCUGGAUUGCCCAUCAGUAUUCAAGAUAACUUGUAUGAACAAGCCUUCCAUUUUUGUGACACUAAAUAAUAAAUAUUUGAUAAUACAGAGGGACUUCCCUGGCGAUCCAGUGGUCAGACUCUGUGCUUCCACUGCAGGGGACCCAGGUUCAAUUCCUAGUUGGGAAACUAAGAUCCCACAAGCUACAUGGCCAUAAAAUAACAAUACAGCAAAUGCAUGGUGAUAGACAAAGAUGCUGCACCUUUGGGUAAUUUUUAUGGGGCGCUGCCCUCUGCUGGAGAAUGGAAUCUGCUUGCAUCCUUUCAGGCUUGGCUAAGACCAGUGUGUGUGUGAGUCACUAAGCCGAGACCCCCUGGGACUGUAGCCCGCCAGGCUCCGGCUCCUCUGUCCAUGGAAUUCUCCAGGCAAGAAUCCUAGAGUGGGUAACCAUUCCCUUCUCCAGGGAUCAAACCCUGUCUCUUGUGUCUCCUGUACUGUCAGGCAGAUUCUUUGAGCCUCCUGGGAAGCCCUAAGACCAGCCUAGAACCAACCUUCUAUUGAUUAUUGGUUGUAUGUUAGAACUCUUAGAAGUAGCCCACUAAAAAAUCAGAAGAGUGCAAUUGUUUUACAGAUUGGCAAAUACUAAUGGAAUGAGGCUGGCAUAAUUGAGAUGAGGGUUCCUCUCCCCUGAAGGUAUCCCCAUCAUGACAACAUCAUCACGCAGAUGAAAUGUGGAACAGUCAACCCUAGUUGCAGUUCGUCACCCUGGGAGUUCUCCCUAAACACUCAGUAUUUCUCUGUGGGAGAUAUAAGGUUAGCUGUCUGUGGUCUCUUUUGCUUUCAGUUUAAUGAUGCUUCAUCUUGAACAUCACAGGUAUAGUGAUUUCUGUGUAAAAAGGCAAAGGGAUUGAUCUCCCUCAGUUACAGCAGACUUCAAGGAAGAGUGCUAACUGUGUCUUCCUCUAUGACACAUAAAAGAAACACAGUAUUUUAAAUACAGUCCUAAUAACUAAGAUCUAGCGAAUUUUCUUUCUCUUUUUCAGAUGAGUGAAUAUAUUUCAUUUAGUUUUGAGGCAAGACUAUCCUCCUUAUAUUAAUAACAUUUUUCCACUUCUGUCCUCUGUUAUAGAAUCUUCCUCUCCUCUGGGUUCAUGUUUCUGCUGUCUGUAUUGCUUGUUUUAGGGCCAGUUCCUCAGCCUUUGAAUCAGAUUUUUUCUACAUGCCUGUGGCCUUCUUAACUCCCGGUGACCUGCUAACAUUGGCUUCCUUUUUUUUGCUUAUACAUAUAGAGGAUUGUCUUUCAUAUUUAAUGACACUUUGAACUUAAGAACGUUGAAACUGUUUUCUACCCUUGUAACUGUCAGGCAAGUGUAUGCUCCUCGGUUCUUUGUCUUGUCACAACAAAAAUUUGGAGUGACGUAACCAAAACAUCUGCAACUGCAUGUACUCAAGGAAGUGACUGAGAAGCAGUCUCCCUCCUGAUUCUGUGAUUUCCUGCCUGGGAGUUCCAGCUCCACCUUCUGAAAUGUGUGCAGUUGUGUAUAAAUGGACAAGGGCAAAUCUUGCUUCCCACUUGUUUGGAGGGUUGCAGCCGUGAUGCUGAAUCAAGUGCCAGGCAAGUGGGUGCUGCACCUCCCAUCACCUAGUGGAAGACCCAGAGCAGAGGAGAGGCUGUUUUCUUUGUCUCCAUGGCCAUCUUAGCUGAUGACAUGCCUGAAACCAACUCCACAGUUGAAGAGAUCAAAGUAGUCAACAAUGCAACUCGAAAUGAAAUGAUUGAAUUUAUCAACCCUUUUGGAAAUGUAAAGAUUAUAGCUUCUUAUGGCCCCUGAGCUGAGCUGAGCUCUUAUACUUGAUGUGACCUCCAGUGACCAUUUUCCUUUGAGAAAGCUCCAUGGAGGACUUCUUCAGCAAUGCUUUUAUAUGACUGAAUUUUUGUGAUCCAUUAUAUGUCUUCAUGCUAUACUUUUGAAGAUGCCUUCAUUUUGAUGUCUUGCAUGAUUUUAUAUGCUUCUUUAUAAAUAGAGAUUAUUUUAAACUAUCAUAAUGGGUGCUGCAAAAUUAAAUGGACGUCCACCAUAACUCUAAUUGGUGCUUUUAUGCAGAUCCUAACACAAUCAUUGAUUCCCUUUUUUCUCUUGGUCAUUCAUCAGUCAGAAACCUAGUGAUUUUCUAUAAUACAUCCCAGGGAUGCAAAGAUAAGUAAGACCUUCCUACCCUCCAGGAGCUUUAGAUGAGGGCGAGUCAUUGUACAUGACGAGACACACUCCUGGAGAGGGUGUCACACACACCCAGGAAGGGGCAGAAUGAAGUGAGAAUCACUGAGGCAGGAGGAAACUCAGGUGAACAAGUAGUCUGAUGAAGUGUUUUGGAUGUUGUAAUACCUGCACAUGAAGAGUGUUUUCACAGUCACUUUCCGCCUCUCCUAACUUUCUCUCUCUGGCCCAGGCUGGUCUACUGAGCUGCCAGACACCCCAACUACCAGCUUGACAUCUCCAUGCAGCUGCUUCCCAGGUACCUCAAAUCCAACCUGUCCUGAAGAGAACCCAUGACUCCCCCGUCCACUCUUCCUCUUCACCAGAGUUCCCUGACCAUCUACCUUGCUGGUAAAUCACCCUCAAGACCCCCUCCCAAAUGUCUCUUAAAUCUCUUCCCUCUACUCCAUCCUCACGACCGUCCUAAGCCAGGCAGCCACCCUUUCUCAUCCUGCAACAGCCUCCCAAGUGGUCUCCAACCACGGGACGAAUCCCGCCACCCCCACAUUAACUCCUUCGAUGGGCUCCCACUGAAGGUGAAAUCCCAAGUUGGCAACGUGGGCUCUGAGGCCCCGUGACUUGCCUGUGUGGCUUGUCAUCGUGCCCACUCUCCUGCAGCUCCUGAAGCUUAGCCGCACUAGAGGAGGUCCUCAGCUCCCCACACCAGCUACAAUCAGACCUGGCCCCGCCACCUUCCCCAGCCCAGCCUCUUCAGGCUCCAGGUCUUGCCUCUAACACCGCUCUUACCAGGAAAGUGCCCCUGCCUCCCAGACUUGGUUGUCUUCCUGUUAUAUUUACCCCACAGCACUCAUCACAAUAACCUGAUUACUGAUGUCAAGCCCGCUCCGCUUGGCUGCAAACCACAGAGGAUGGGGCCUUGUUUGUGGUUCACUGUUAUCAUUAGCACUAACUGGCCUGGAGUGAUUCAAAAUAUGCUGAAGAAAUGAAAUGGAACUAAGAAAGUAAUACUUCAAAUAAAGUGAAAGCGUUAAGAAAAUUUUUUAACAGUAUCAUGGUUCUUGAGGAGGAAAAAUGUUAUAAAUAGAAAAUACCAAAUGAGGGGUUUUACAUACCAAACCGUGAAUGCCUCUGGGACACAGGAUGCUUUUUAAUGAGGUUCAUCCCCUUCCAUUCAUUUUCUGUCUUCAAAGAUCAAAGCAAAAAUCUUCUGGAAUUAGAUGGCAAUGAAUCUUUCACAGAGCUGUGAACCUACUACAAAGCCCCUGAAUUGUGUGCUUAACGUGCUUUUUUACAUGAUGAAUUUUAUGUUAUGUGAAUUGUGUCCCAAUAGGAUAAAAAACAAACAUAAAAAAUAAAGCUGUCCCCACAGGGGAGGGUGAAGCAAAAACAGCAGCUCCCAGCAGCUGAGGGGAGCCGGGAGAAGGCGGAGGGGAAAGUGAGGAGGAGGCUGGUCUUGAAGCCAGUGAAGACUGCUCUGUGAGUCCAACCAAGCAGGGUGCCUGCCUUCCAUCUCCCUCAUGACAGCCAGGAUGCUGAAAGCACUCUGGACCCCUGCUGUCCUCUGCAGAGCUGAAGAUCCUGCUCCUCAGAGGGGCUGUGGAGCGAAGGUCCCUGCUCCAAAUACCAUCCCCCAUCCCACCUCUUUACCUGCAGGUCCUCAGCCUCUCUCCCAGGAAGACAGGCCAAAACACCGACACAGCCAUGUGAUCAGGGCAGUAGCAGUUGGAUUUGUCCAAGGUGCAGAAAAUCAUCAUGUUUGCUGUGGACUCAGUAAAGUAGCAAUGGGAGAACUGACUGAAAAAGGGCAGCAAAGAGAAAUAAGUGGCAAGAACUGGUUCUUCCUCUAUGUGUAUGUCUCUGAAAAAAGCCAGAUCAAAAAAGGGUAUUCUUCUGGAGUGACAGAUUUGGAAGAGCCGCUUAUACCUCUUUUAGAUGAUUUCUGUUUCUAGUUUUAAAUAGAAACUAAUAGGGGAAAUCACAUUAAGUCAGUCAGCAAACAUUUACCAAGCAUUUACUAUGGUCAAGCCCUCAACUGAGUUCUGAGAAUACAGUGAUGGACCCCAAAUCCAGGAAUGAAGACAGACAAGAAAACAGGCAACUGUUGUGUCAGGAAGCCAAAGUUUAUCUUUUUAUAAUUCAGUCAGUAUUUUCAUGGGGGAACAAAUGGUAAGUUCCAUCAGGACAAUUUAAUAAAGGAACUAAUUACAAGAGUGAAAGGCAACUAAGGAGGAACUAACAGAUGUAGGCAUCUUUAGGUCUAAAGGCUCAAGUUGAGGGAGAGGUCAGUGGGAACACAGAUGGUAGCUCAUGUUUUUAGCACUGAUUAUUUGGUUAUAACACAGUUUAUCACUCACCUUACUGAAGGAUAUCUCGGUUGCUUCCAAGUUUUGCCAGUUAUAGUUACGUUAUAUUGCUAUGUAAACAUCUAUGUGCAGUUUUUUGUGUAGACAUAAAGUUUUGUGCUUAUUUGAGCAAAUACCAGGGAGUGCAAUUGCUGGAACACACGGUAAAAGCAUUUUGGCGUUUGUUAAGGUCUUUGAUCCAUUUUUAAGCUGUGUGUCUUUUGUUGCUUUGUUAAGCUUUAAGAGUUCUUGAUAUAUUCUGUGUAAGCCCUUUAUCAGAGGUGUUCCCUGCCCGCAUGUUGUCCCAGUCUGGGCUUUCUCCUCUCCUUCUCUUCAUACUGUCUUUCGCUAGCAGAAGUCUUUAAUUUUACCCAAGUUCAGAUUAUCAGUUAUUUAUUUCAUGAACCCUGUCUUUGGUGUUGUAUCUAAAAAGCCAUCACUGAACCCAAGGUCAUCUAGCUUUUCUCCUGUAUUAUCUUCUAGGAGUUUUAUAGUUUUCCAUUUAACAGUUACGUGUAAGAUCCAUUUGGAGCUAAUUUUUGUGAAGGAUGUAAGGUCUGUAUCUAGAGUCAUUUUUUUGAAUGUAGAGGUCUAAUUGUUCAGAACCAUGUGCUGAAAAGGAUUUCUUUACUCCAUUUUAUUCCCUUUGCUCCUUUGUCAAAAACCAAUUGCUUCUAUUUACAUGGCUUUGCUUCUGGGCCCUUGGUUCUGUUGAUCUGUUUGUCUGUUCUUUCGAGAAUACUAUGGUAUUCUUGGUUACCGUACCUCUAUAGUAAGUCUUGAAGCUAGGUCGUGCCAGUCCUUCUGUUUUGUUCUCUCUUUCAAUAUUGUGUUGGCUAUUCUAGGUCUUUUACCUCUCCAUAUAAACUUUAUAACUGGUUUGUUGAUAUUCAUCAAAUAGUUGGAUUACAUUUGAUUUGGAUUACAUUGAGUCUAUCAAUCAAUUAGGGAAGAACUGACAUCUUGAUAAUAUUAAAUGUGCCACUUCUAGGAAUCAGUCCCAAAGAGAUAGUGUGGCUAUAUACAAAGACACGUACCCAAAGUCAUCACUGAAGCAUUACUUGUGGUAGAUGAGAAACAACCCAGGUAUCCACAGGUUAAGUAAACUAUGGAAUGUUGACACAAUGGAGAAGCAUGCAGCUAUAGAAAUGAAAUGAGGAGUAUCUCUGUGUGCUACUGUGGGGUGAUCUUCAAGCUGUGUGUGAAGUAAAAAGAGGCAAGUACAAAACUAUUCAUGGUGUGCUACUUUUUGUCUAAGUUGAGAAUAAGAAUAGAUAGAGGCAACCAUCCACAAACGUUACCUGUAGA